CCAAACUCCAAAUAUACUAAUAGUAAGAGUACACAGAGGGGAGAAAUUACUUCUAAAUAUGAUGAAUGUGGGAAAGCUCUGAAGCAGUCCUCCAGUAUUGCUGAUCAUCAGAGGAUUCAUGGGGAUGGAAACCCAUACACAUAUAAUGAAUCUGGGAACAUGUUUAAUCAAUCAUUAAGCCUAAAUACGUAUAAGACAAGUGGUACUGGAGAGAAAAGGUACAUUGGCAAGGAAUGUGGCAAAACCUUUGACAGGCACUCGACACUAUCUCAACAUCAGCAAACGCAUACUGCAAAGAAAAUUGACAACUGUGAAGAAGGUGGUCAAACCUUUAAGGAUGGGUCAUCACUCCAUUCAGACAGGCGAAUCCGUACUGCACAGAAACCUUACAAAUGUCAGCAAUGUGGCAAGGCCUUUAGCCAGCAAUCAUUGCUUACUCAGCAUCAAAGAAUCCACACUGGAGAGAAACCUUAUGAAUGUCAAGAAUGUGGCAAGGCCUUUAAAUGUCACUCAUACCUUAUUAAACAUCACAGAAUGCAUACUGGAGAGAAACCUUACAAAUGUCAAGAAUGUGGCAAGACCUUUAAGCAGCAAUCAUCCCUUACUAAGCAUCACAGAAUACAUACUGGAGAGAAACCUUACAAAUGUCAAGAAUGUGGCAAGGCCUUUAGCCACCGAUCAUCCCUUCCUCAGCAUCACAGAAUACAUACUGGAGAGAAACCUUACAAAUGUCAAGAAUGUGGCAAGGCCUUUAGCCACCGAUCAUCCCUUCCUCAGCAUCACAGAAUACAUACUGGAGAGAAACCUUACAAAUGUCAAGAAUGUGGCAAGGCCUUUAGCCACCGAUCAUCCCUUCCUCAGCAUCACAGAAUACAUACUGGAGAGAAACCUUACAAAUGUCAGGAAUGUGGCAAGGCCUUUCCCCAGCAAUCAUCCCUUAGUCGACAUCACAGAAUUCAUACUGGAGAGAGACCUCACAACUGUCAAGAAUGUGGCAAGUCCUUUAGCCACCCAUCAUCCCUUACUCAGCAUCACAGAAUCCAUACUGGGGAGAAACCUUAUCAAUGUCAAGAAUGUGGAAAAGCCUUUAACUGUUCCUCACAACUUACUGAACAUCACAGAAUUCAUACUGGAGAGAAACCCCACAAAUGUAAAGAAUGUGGCAAGGCCUAUAAAGCGUACUCACAGCUUACUCAACAUCACAUAAUUCAUACCGGAGAGAAACCUUACAAAUGUAAAGAAUGUGGUAAGGCCUUUAGCAGAUACUCAACCCUUUUUCUACAUCGCAUAAUUCAUACCGGACGGAAACCUUACCAAUGUAACAAAUGCAGCAAAACCUUUAAUUUACCUUCAAGGCUUACUCAGCAUCACAAAAUCCAUAUUGGAGAGAAACCUUACCAAUGUCAAGAAUGUGGCAGAGCCUUUAUGCGGCUAUCAUCCCUUACUCGGCAUCACAGAAUGCAUACGGGAGAGAAACCUUACAAAUGUCAAGAAUGUGGAAAGGUCUUUAGCCAGCGAAGAACACUUACUCAGCAUCAUGUAAUUCAUACUGGAGAGAAACCUUACAAAUGUCAGGUAUGUGGCAAGGUCUUUAGCCAGCAAGCAUCCCUUAGUCAGCAUCAGAGAAUUCAUAGUGGAGAGAAACCUCACAAAUGUCAAGAAUGUGGCAAGGCCUUUAGGUUGAAGUCAAACCUUAAUUACCAUCACAGAAUUCAUACUGGAGAGAAACCUUUCCAAUGUCAACAAUGUGGAAAAGCCUUUAGGAUUAAGUCAAAACUUAAAGUCCAUCACAGAAUUCAUACUGGAGAGAAACCUUACCAAUGUCAGAUAUGUGGCAAGGGCUUUACCAAAUGCUCAGAACUUCAUCAACAUCACAGAAUUCAUACUUCAGCCAACCUUACCAAUGUACCGUGUGCAAAAGGCUUUAAUCACCAAUCAUCCUUUAUUCAAGAUUACAGAAAUCAUCUUGGAGCAAAUGUUACAGAGUUUAAGACUGUGAAGGAAUUUUCCCCCCACUUUUUAAAAAGUUUUUCUUCGACAGAAUGAGUGGGAGGGUGCAGAG